AAUGGGCUCAUAUGAUAUCCGUUGGGACGCCAUGGAGCCGUUAAAUCUCUUCCCUGUCCUGUCGCUGGGAGAGAUUGUAAAUAGCAUCCAGACAAGCGCAAGCUUACGCGCCUAUCUCGCCCCAGCCUAGUUUGUAGCAACGCUGUCGCUCAGAGAAAGAGAAGAUAGCAUAGAAGAAGAAUCCAAUCGCGACUGUAGAGAUGGUGAGAGAGGUUUCGAUUCUUCGCUUGGGAUUGGGAGCUUUGAUGCUCGCUGCGAUGCAUUACAUGGCAAUGGCGCAACAGCUCCAUCCGGAUGAGCGCGAUGCAUUGCUCGACAUCAAGAAGCAGCUCAAGGAUCUGCCGGGCUCCUCCUUCCUGUCCAGCUGGGAUUUCGAACGCGAGCCUUGCAGCGGCUUCUCCGGGAUCGUUUGCACUAUCAUCGGCGCCAGCAGCCACGUCGUGAUGCUCAACCUGGGCGACGGCUACGCCGGAUCGCCAGGCCUCACUGGCACGCUCAGCCCGCGCAUUGGAGACCUCCGCCUGCUCCAGCAACUCACGCUCACGGCGGGCAGCGUACGAGGAGAGCUCCCAUCCAGCAUUGGCGAGAAUCUGGGCAGCAGCCUCCAGUUCCUGGGAAUCAGCCACAACCAGCUCUCCGGAUGCAUCCCCGCCAGCUUUGCCAGCCUCACACGAUUGCUGGUGCUGGACCUCAGCUCCAAUUCUCUCGCCUGCGCCAUUCCACACGAGAUUGCUCUGCUGCCCAGUCUCGUCGCCCUGGAGCUCUCCCACAACAAGCUCUCGGGGCCAAUCCCUGAUCGAUUCACCUCCGCCUCCAUGACCCAUUUCGAUCUAGGCUGGAACGAGCUCUCGGGUGAGAUACCCCGCUCGCUCCCCGCCUCGCUCACCUAUCUCUCCCUCAAGAACAACCGGCUAUCGGGCUCCAUGGCUCCAUCGCUGGCGUCCCUCCGCGCAUUGACCACGCUUGACUUAAGCUCCAACGAAUUGACCGGGGCCAUUCCAUCGUUGCUGUGGAGCAGCAAUCCAAAUCUCGUGUCUGUGCAGCUCCAGCGCAAUCACUUGUCAGGGCCUGUGGCGAUCGAAUCUCCCGCGAGGAUGAGCCGCGUGGAUUUGAGCUACAACAAUCUCUCGGGCGCCAUUCCACCGAUGCUAGCCUUCUCGGAGAACGUCUUCCUCAACAACAAUCACUUCACGGGCUCCGUCCCAAAGGAAUUCGCGGAUGGCCUCCUCUCAGCAAAUCUUCGCAAUCUCUAUCUCCAGCACAACUUCCUGACGGGCUUCGAUCUAUCGCCGCCGGACGCCGCGCUACCCGCCGCCGCGCUCCUCUGCCUCCAAUACAAUUGCCUCACGCCGCCAUCGCAAUCGGCAUGCCCUCUCAAUGCUGGCAAGCUCUCCUCCAGACCGCCACACCAGUGUUUAUCAUCCUACACUCCAUGACCGAUUAGAUCAUCUCUAGAGAUCGAGCGAGGAUCAUCUUCUCUCUCGCUAGCAUUGUACCAUGGUUAAAGUAUGGUUAAAGUGAAUUUUUCCUUUCA